AUGGCGAUGACGUCGGGAUUCGGGUUGCAGUCGCUGCUCAAGGAAGGGCACAAGCACCUGACGGGGUUGGAGGAGGCGGUGCUGAAGAACAUCGAGGCAUGCAAGCAGCUCUCGCACAUCACGCGGACCUCGCUGGGACCCAAUGGCAUGAACAAGAUGAUCAUCAACCACCUUGACAAGCUGUUCGUGACGAGCGACGCGGCGACGAUCGUGGCGGAGCUGGAGGUGCAGCACCCGGCGGCGAAGCUGGUGGUGCUGGCGGCGAAGGCGCAGCAGGAGGAGGUGGGCGACGGCGCCAACACGGUGGUGUCGCUGGCGGGGGAGCUGCUGGCGGGCGCGGAAGAGCUGAUUCGCUCAGGGCUGCACCCGAGCGAAAUCAUUGCGGGAUACGCCAAGGCGACAGACAAGGUGUUGGAGGAGCUCGAGACGCUGGUGGCGGAGGGGAGUGACAAGGUGGACGUGCGCAGCAAGGCAGAGGUCGAGAAGCGCCUCGUGGCGGCUGUGGCCAGCAAGCAGUUCGGGAGCGAGCCCGUGCUGUGCCCUCUCAUUGCUGAUGCGUGCAUGCAGGUGUGCCCCAGCAACCCCAACAACUUCAACGUGGACAAUGUGCGAGUGGCCAAGAUACUGGGAGGCGGGCUGCAUGACUCCAAGGUGGUGCGAGGCAUGGUGCUCAAAACGGACGCCACAGGGACCAUCAAGCACACCACCAAGGCCAAGAUCGCGGUGUUUGGAACGGGAAUCGACACACAAGCCACGGAGACCAAGGGCACCGUGCUCAUUGAGAAUGCCGAGCAGCUGGAGAAUUACGCCAAGUCGGAGGAAGCAAGGGUGGAGCAGGCGAUAAGGGAGGUGGCGGAGUCAGGGGCGACGGUGGUGGUGAGCGGGCAGACCGUGGGCGAAAUGGCUCUGCACUUCUGUGAGCGAUACAAGCUCAUGGUGCUCAAGAUCUCCUCCAAGUUUGAGCUUCGACGGUUCUGCCGCACCACUGGUGCCGUCUCCCUGGUGAAGCUACAGAAGCCAACAGCAGACGAGCUGGGCUUUGCAGACUCUGUUUCUGUGCAGGAGAUAGGCGGCAGCACGGUGGUGGUGGUGGAGAACGAGUCAGGAGGCAACCUGGUGGCGACGGUGGUGCUGCGGGGCAGCACGGACAGCAUUCUGGACGAUGUGGAGCGGGCUGUUGAUGACGGCAUCAACACGUACAAGGCGCUGUGCCGUGACAGCCGGGUGCUGCCUGGGGGAGGGGCGACUGAGAUCGAGCUGGCCAGACGCCUCAAGCAGUUUGCACGGACGCAAGUGGGUCUGGAUCAGUAUGCGAUAGACAAGUACAGCGAGGCUCUAGAAGUGAUUCCGCGCACGCUGGCAGAGAAUGCAGGCAUGGACGUCACUGAGAUCCUCUCUGCGCUCUACGCCGCCCACUCCGGUGGGCCGGACGGCACGGGCGGCAAUUUCCGUGUGGGAGUGGAUGUCACUGGUGCGGGUGUGAGGGACCUCACAACUGACAACAUCUGGGACCUGUUUGCCACAAAGUAUUGGGCCAUUCGAUUUGCUGCAGACGCAGUGACUACUGUGCUUCGAGUGGACCAGAUCAUCAUGGCCAAGGUUGCUGGUGGCCCUCGUCGAGGCGAUAGGCCAAUGGAUGAGGGAGAAGAUUAG